ACCCUUCUUCACGUCAGAGAAAGGUGCAGCUGGUGUGUAUUGUAAGGGGUGUACAGAGGCCACAUGCUCUGGACUGGAGAUUGGUGUGGACUGGGAAAGGGAGACAUUUAAAUUACAGGAGCUGCUCCAAGACAAGGAAACAGGAGUGGGGAAAACAGUGAACAGUUUUAGGAAACAUGCCACUGUGGGUGAUCUGGCAAAGUCCCUGAUACGUCAUUGGAAAAAACUUGUUCCUCAAGAUAAUACAAGCACAUGCACCCUGCCAAAAAAACAGUACCAAUAAGGAAAAAGAAACUUCAGAUAAAAAGAAUAGAAUGCUGCGAUCAAAGGAAAGGAAGCAUUCCAAGAAAACUCAGACCUCUGGAUCAAAUUGCAACUUUGCUUUUUCACCUGAAAAGUCACAUAAAGCCUUAGAACUGACCUUAGAAGGGAAACAAAAUGCUGAAGAACCUGGCUCUUUUAAGGGAUUCAAAAGUCAAUGCAACAUUAAAACCCAUGAUAAUGGUAUGUGUAAGGAUUCAUCUGGUAGUCAAGAAACAAGUGAUUCCAAAAAUAUUUGCAAAGCAAGUAAUGAACAAGAAAAAUCUUUAGAAAAACACACAUCCUCUGUGGCAAACAACCAAAGUUUCAACAAGAACUAUUUGGUUACAGCCAGUAGGAAAGAUUUCUUACACUUAGAAGUAGACAAAUUUGAUAAGGAUCUACCAACUAAACAAAUGGAUAUUGGGCUAAAAAGGACAUUAAAAUCAAAUUCCCGGUCCCAAAGCCCAGUCAAUGAUGAAACAUUUGAGCACCACAGUAUGUCUUUUGAAUCAUACCUGAAUUAUGACCAGGUUUCACAGCGAAGAAAGAGAAAAUCUGGCUCCACAGACAGACGGAUGGCAAAAGGACACAGCAAGUCAGCAUCUUGGAAAACUGUGACAACAGCCACUGCUGAAGAAGGAAAAAACUUAAAAUCAGAAGAAUAUGGGGAAAGUCCCGAUAAAAAGGUGAAGACAUCACUCGAACACUUACUGAAUAUUCCACUUCCUAAAGUUCUGCCGGAAUUAUCAAUGCCUUCUCCUCCUUAUGCAGCAGAAUUUAAAGCUCCGCCAACCAAGGAAAAACCACCCAAGAAAAGCGAAGCCACUCAGUUCACUAUUUGGAGGCGAAACUCCAAAGUGCAAGUGUACUCUAGCUCUAAAAUGGUCUGUCUCUCAAAAAUGCUAACCCUGUAUGAACAAUGCAUCCGUGUACUUCAAAAUAAUAUUGACUCACUGUAUGAAGUUGGAGGAGUCCCUUUUGAAAUCCUGGAGCCUGUUCUGUCUCAUUGUACACCAGAACAGUUAUUUCGGAUAGAGAGCUGCAAUCCGACAUUUGUAGAAGAGACUGACCACUUAUGGAAGAGACAUUGUCAAAAAUACUUCAGAAAUGAACAGCUCUUGGACUGUGAAUCAUGGCGUGAAAUGUAUUUGAGGCUCUUUGUUCAAAGAGAAGAAAAGCUGAAGUCUCUCACCAAAAGCAUUAUUACAUCUUGGUCUGAAAAACUUAAAGGCUGCCAAGUUAAAAUGGCUUUCAUCCAUGGCAUGGGAAAGCCACCUAGAAGUGUCUGCUGUCAGAAAGUCAGGUAUGGGACAGCAGCGCCUGUUUUUCAACUUCAGCCUAAAUCAAAGAACUCCAAAAACCAGAUGGGAAAUAAGACCUCUUCCAUUUCCAAUAACGGUAGCAAUAUGGCAUCUACUAGGUUUUCUGUUUACAAGAAUGGACCAACUCAAGUGGUGAAGAAACCUCCUAAAAGUAGGUGCACAUUCCAUCUUGUUCUAUUGCUUCGGUGUGGGUGGAUAGAUGGAUCAACUGCUCCAGGCUCUGGUGGCAAUCUCAUUCAAAACACACAGAGGGUUUCAGAUAUGGUGGAAACAAACUUUAAAUAGUUAAGCUCACCAAAAAGAUUUCAGACAGCCAUUCCGCUCUGUUUACCUGUAAUAGCGUGUUUCUGUGUCAUGGGACGACACAGAGGGUCUGGCCUCUAAAAGCCAAAAUACACAGUCAGCUCUACAAAGUAGAAUAAAAACUGAUUCACAGUAGGCAUAUUCUGUGUGUUUGUCUGAGCACCAAAUGCACAAAAUAAACCAAUUCUCUCUCUCUCUCUCUCUAUCACACACACACACACACCACCACCACCACCACCACCAUAAAAAGCUCAAAUAAAGAGCAAGGGCUACAUCCACAUAACGCAGACUACCUCCCAAACAAUUGGGUUUAGACUUGGGUCCCAUCUCCAACAUAUCUCACUAUGUAAGUAUAUGCAAAUACAGAUAUUCUCUGUUUAUCUAUCUAUCUAUCUAUCUAUCUAUCUUAUAUAAAAUCCAAAACACUUUUGGUUCCAAAUAUUUUGGAUAAGGGAGACUCAGCAUGUAUAGUCAGCACUGAGUUGAUAUGGUCACAGUUGCUAUGUUUUGCCACAAGAUGUCACAAUUUUCAAAGAUCACAGAAGAUGAUUUAACCAAGAAGUUCUACUUACAUCACAUUCCACAGUAAAAACAAUAAAGACUCUUGUAACAUCUUAAAGACCGCCAGUUUUUAUUUCCUGGGUUGCUGAUGAAGUGAGCU